AUGGCUCUCAGGAUAUUAUUCCUGUUGCUCGGCUUGAGCAAUAUUGCGAUUGCACAAGAUUCUAAGGGAGUUUAUACGUCUUUAAACUCAAAUUGGAAGUCAACAUCAUUGCUUGCUGAAGCUAGUGAAUUUAUUGCUCGAGAGGACAAUGAACUAUUCUUCAAGUUUUUGGACAUUGUUAAUGAAGAAAUUGCCCAAACUGAAUGGAAUAAGUUAACCGAAGAGAAGAAAUACGACCUUACCAUCGUUUUGGCUUCAAAAUUGCUGCCUUCUUCUUCAUUAGACCUUCUCAAAUUUGCCUUGGCAUUACGUCAAUACUCACCGGUUGUGCAAUCAUUUCAACAAAUUGCCAGUGAAAAUCUUCCGCCCGAUUGCGAUUCUUUCUUCGUGAUUAACGGAAGAGCCGGUUGUGAUGAUUCGAAUAUUCCGAAACUAUUGGAAUCGUCAAGUGGAGCAGCGGGAAAUCUGUCAAUCGAUCAUAUAAUUGGAGAUGAGAGUAAGAAAUUGGUGAUUCUCUAUGGUGAAUUGGGAAGUUCUGAAUUUGCCAAGCUUUACUCAAAACUGAGGAGACUGGUGGAUGAAAAGAAAUUCAAGUUGGCUGUUCGUCACUUCAGCAAAAACGUCAGUGAUAAAUAUGUCUCAUUAUCUGGAUAUGGUGUGGAACUCGCAAUCAAAAAUACAGAAUACAAAGCUGUCGAUGAAUCAAACGAGAAGAAAAGUGAAGCGAAUCAGGAUGAAGAAAACCUUUAUGGAUAUAAUAUCAAGCUUUUGAAGGAGCUUCAUCCAGAAGUCAAAGAACAACUCGACGCGUUUCGUGCUCAUUUGAAGGACACCGAUGAACUGACCCCUUUGAAGAAAUGGGAACUUCAGGAUUUAAGCUUUCAAGCUGCUCAAAAAAUAAUGAAUGUGAAUCCAUCAGACGCUUUGAAUACAUUGGAGCAGAUUUCGCAGAACUUCCCUCUUCAUGCUAGAUCUCUAGCUCGGACUCAAGUCAGCAAUCAACUGCGCAAUGAAAUUGCUGUAAAUCUGAAAUCGCUCGAAGAUCUCAACAUUGAUUCCGGAGAAAAUGCAUUUUACAUCAAUGGAAUCAGCCAAGAUAUUAAUAGCUUGGAUCUUUUCAAACUGUCGGACUUGCUCAAGCAAGAGGAGAAGCUCUCAUCUGGAUUUCACAACAUGGGAAUUAACAAAGAAUAUCUAUCCAUUCUGGUAGACACAGAUACUUCAGAUGAUGAAAAAGUGAACUACGCUAUUGAUUAUCGCGAGGGAUAUCCAUUUUUCCUCAACAAUCUGGACACUGAUAAAAAAUACAAACAAUGGAGUAACAGUGUAAAGUUAAUGCUGCAACCGUAUUAUCCGGGAAUGUUGCGCCCUAUUGCUCGUAACUUGUUCACAUUAGUUUUUGUCGUUGAUCCCGCAACAAAGGAAGGUCGAAAAUUAAUGCGCACCGGUGCUAAUUUCUAUAACCACGAUAUUGCAAUGAGAAUUGGAUAUAUUUUCGCCGUUAACGAUGAUCCAAAUGUAAGUGGUGAUGAUGACAUCGGAGUUGCAAUUCUUAACAUGUUCAAUUAUAUUGCACUGGAAACUUCAAUUCCGGAAGCUAUGCAAACUGUCAAUGCGUUUCUUGAUAAUUACCGCACUGAAAACCCUGAAAUUGAGGACAUCAAGAAGUUCUUUUCUAGAAAAUAUCCUGAAAUGAGCUUGGAAGAAGUGUUUGGAAAAGAUUCCGAUUUUGACAAGGGACGGAAACCGGGAAUCGACUUUGUUCGAAAAAGCGGCCUCAAUGGAACACCGAAAGUAAUGCUGAACGGAUAUGUUCUUGAUGAUGAAGGAGUGCUGUCCGGAAAUAUUGAAGAAACAAUCAUGUACGAAGUUAUGAAGAUUACGCAGAAAAUCCAGAAAGCUAUUAUUGAAGGAAAACUUACUGAUCGUGCAAAUGUGGCCAAAUGGAUGAUGGAGCAGAAAGACGUCAUGCCGAGAAUCAAUAAGAGGAUUUUAACGGCUCCCAGCACUCACUCCUACAUUGAUCUCUCCGGCUCAAAACCAUGCAAUGGCCUUACAAUAGUAGACCAAUUGAGGAAUCUUGUGAGCGUUGACAAAGCGAGAUGUUUAUUGGAGAGCACCAAGUACCUUCAGAAGGGUAGCAACGACCAAAUUUUGCCAAUAACCCUUUGGGUUUCUGCUGAUGCCGAUACUGUUGAUGGUCGCCGAUUCCUCUAUAACUCGCUGCAACUGAUUAAGUCAUCUUCAAAGGCUAGAAUCGGGCUGGUUUUGAACCCAACCAACAUUGAAGAAUCCUGCAAACCAAACAGCGUCUCUUCAUACAUUCAUGCGGCUCUUCAGCUUCUUCCAGCGGAUCAGGCCAAGAAGUUGAUUGCUAAACUUGUCAACGAAGAAUUCGCCGCUGAUUUUGCUGCCGGAAAACUGAAAAUUGAUGAUAUUAGCGUUGGUGGAAUGGACGUUGAUGCCUUUGCCGCUGGAAAAGCCAAAUUAAGCUGUGACUCGCUUCGACUUUCUGCUGAAUUGGCUCAAAAUGUAAUCAAUGUGAAGCCAGGACAGCGAAUUGUUGUUGGAAAUACCCUUCGUGUUGGACCGCUUGACGAUAAUGAGCAUUUUGAGCCAUCUGACUUUAAGCUUUUCGAAAACAUGCUUCUUUCAAGAGGAGCUGAGAGCAUUUCGAAACAUUUGAUCAAAUGGAAGUUUGAUGCCAAUAAUGCUGCUGGUUCAAAUAACGCUCUGCUUAUUGCUGGACAUAUUGGAAAAUAUGCUUCCUCUCAAACACGAUCAUGGGUACCGUUGAAGCAAAGUCAAUUUAGUGUUGUGACAUUGGACGCCGACGAUCAUGGCCGCUCUUCAAUCCAAAUAGUUGCAAUUGUGGAUCCGCUUAGCGCCGAAGCGCAGAAAUUGAGUUCAAUUCUUAAAUUAAUCAAGAAGGUCACGAAUAGUGAAAUCCGCAUUGUGAUGAAUCCAAAGGAAAAACUUUCGGAGUUGCCACUUAAAAGAUUUUAUCGAUUUGCCGCCUCAUCGGAAUUGACAUUUGACCAAAAUGGAAACAUGAACGACGUUAUAGUCAAGUUCGAUAAGCUUCCAAGCAAGCAAUUGCUGACAUUAUCAGUUCAAGCACCGGAUUCAUGGAUUGUUGAGGCGGUGUUCGCUGAAUAUGAUUUGGAUAAUCUUAAAAUGGAGCAGGUUUCGAAAAAUGUGGUAGCCGUAUAUUCCCUACAGCACAUUCUGCUUGAAGGACAAUGCUUUGAUGAGUCUACUGGUCAACCGCCUCGUGGAUUGCAAUUCGUUCUUGGAACGGAGAAAAACCCAUUGCAAUUCGAUACGAUUGUCAUGGCCAAUCUUGGAUAUUUCCAACUCAAAGCCAAUCCAGGAGCAUGGAAUCUUCAAAUUCGUGAAGGACGAUCGAAGGAAAUCUAUCAAGUUUAUUCGCAAGUAGGAGCCGACAAAAUUGAUGAAAAUGUACUACGCGUUGUGAUUGAAUCGUUCACUGGAAAAGCAAUACGAGUUCGCGUUCAAAAGCGGGAAGGAAUGGAAGACAGAAGCCUGCUUUCCGAUGAUGAAGAAGGUGUUUGGAAUAGUCUGAGCAGUUUAGUUAGCAGCAAGGAAAAACCGGAAGUCAUUAAUGUAUUCUCAUUGGCGUCUGGACAUUUGUAUGAAAGAUUCAUGAGAAUCAUGUUUGUGUCGGUGAUGAAGAAUACGAAGCAUCCCGUGAAAUUCUGGCUUCUGAAAAACUACCUAUCACCACAGUUCAAGAAAACACUUCCAAUUCUCGCGGAACAUUAUGGUUUCCAGUAUGAACUUGUUGAGUAUAAAUGGCCAAGAUGGCUUCAUCAGCAGAAAGAGAAACAAAGAAUCAUGUGGGGAUACAAGAUUUUGUUCCUUGAUGUUCUUUUCCCACUAGAAGUUCAGAAAAUCAUUUUCGUCGAUGCUGAUCAAGUUGUACGCGCUGAUCUUAUGGAACUUAUGGAGUAUGAUCUUGGAAAUGCGCCAUAUGGAUAUGUUCCAUUUUGCGAGAGCAGGAAGGAAAUGGAUGGUUUCCGAUUCUGGAAGCAAGGAUACUGGGCGAAUCACUUGGCGGGCAGAAGAUACCAUAUUAGUGCAUUGUAUGUCAUUGAUCUUCAAAAGUUCCGUCAAAUCGCUGCUGGAGAUCGGCUUCGUGGACAAUAUCAAGGAUUGUCUUCGGAUCCAAACAGUUUAGCUAAUUUGGAUCAGGAUCUUCCGAACAACAUGAUUCACCAAGUCAAGAUCAAAUCACUUCCACAAGAAUGGUUGUGGUGUGAGACGUGGUGCGAUGAUGAUUCCAAGAAAAGAGCAAAAACUAUUGAUCUGUGCAACAACCCACUCACCAAAGAGCCAAAGCUCGACUCUGCUGUUAGAAUCAUUGGAGAAUGGAAGGAAUAUGAUGAGGAAAUCAAAAAGGUGAUAUCUGGAGAGGCUGUGACGUCUCAAGAAUCCGAAGCCGAUACACACUCUGAACUGUGA